AUGGCGAUAAUUGGUGGCUUGCAGGCCUUUGUUGAGUCGGGUCUGCACAGCGAGUAUCCGGUAGUUCUUCUCGAAAGCGCCCUUCACACGCUUCGUUCCACUUGCUACUUGGAUGCCGACGCCUUGAAGGCGGCAUAUUCACGCCCCGAUCUUGAUCCCUUCCAAACUGCUGUCUGUGUGCUUUCUGAGCACUUGAAGGUCUUUCUGAAUCUCUUUCAAAGACUACACGAAAUUCAAGAACACGCGGGUGCCAUCUGUAGACUGAUUCACCGACACCUUCCCUCCGAAAUACACCAUUUCGAGGUAGCCGCUGUGGCCUCGCUCUUCACUCCAGACGUUCAUCACAGUCUCGAACCUUUCCUCUAUGCCUACAUGCUCCUUGAGCUCAACGCUGCCGAAUCGGACACACCAGAUUAUAAUUGUUUUUUUGAGUCUAUAGUGACAAGUAAAUUGAGUACACAGUUGCCAAGUGACCUUGCGGAGCAAUGCCGUCACAUUUUCUCUCUUGGUCCGAGUGAAUUCUCCCUCCAUUUCCUCCUAGAGGAUCUCGUGAAGCCUUUCAUUGAAUCCGCUUUUCUACACAAGACAGAAGAGCUCAUUUUGAACGAGUACACAUCCUCCUUUAUUGGACCCCUGCGUGACUACCUGGCCCACGUCGUGGAGAAAUCUUGGUUGAAGCGAAUCAAUCAUAUUAAAACUCAGUCGAACCCAUUGACGCCACAACUCGCUUACACUACGUACUAUUGCGUGCGUAGACAGGAGCUAUUUCGCGUUAUGAUGGAUUAUCCCGAAUCGCGCCCAGCUGUGAUGGAUUUGAAGGCGUAUCUUAUGGAGACCCAUGCUCUCCAGGACCUAAUUGAUGCUCUAGGAAAGGAGGUACCUACAUCAAACAAACUCAUAUCAGUCCGUAUCCGCCUUCUUCACCCAGGUGUUCAUACAGAUGAGAUUCUCAUGGGCUACGGAUGCCUGGUUCGAGGUCUUCGCGAGAUCGAUCCCUCCUCGGUGGCGCAGGACAUCAUCUGCCAGCCCGUCGCGUCUUGCCUUCGCGUACGUGACGAUGCAGUCCACUGUAUUGUCGACCGACUUAUUACACCUCCAGGACAUCAGAACGUGGUCGGGGACAAUGAAGAGGACAAUCAAGUGACCGGUUUGCAAAAAGAGCUGCUACUGCCCACACCACUCGAAGUGGAACCAACGGAUGAAGUUAGGGAUGGGGACGCGCAUCUAGUGGCUCACGAUCCCAACGGCAGCUUCACAAUCACCUCCAAUGCAGCUACCGAGGAUGUCACAGUCUGCAAGAUUGUUGUCGACCUCGACUGGGACCGAUGGAUGCCGGAUCCCCUGGAGGCACUUCACCACACUGGCUCUCCUUGGAAACGUCGUAUCGAUCUACUAAGUCUUUUGGUGGGCAUCUACGGAAGCAAAAAAUCUUUUCUUGUGGAGUACCGCAAUCUUUUGAGUCAGCGACUUCUUCGUCAAUUGUCCUUCGAUACCGCUGUUCAAGUGCGUCAUCUGGAACUGCUGAAGCUUCGAUUUGGCGAGUCGGAUAUGCAGGAUUGUGAAGUGAUGCUGAAAGAUAUCCGCGACUCUCGUCGUAUCAGCGCCUUUGUUGCCGAUGUCAUUCGAACCACAGAAGGAGAACGUUCUUCCUCAGACGACCCCAUUCGUUUUCCCCUACAGGCUUUUAUCCUUUCAGGAGAGUACUGGCCCGAGUUUCACCGGGAAGAGUUCAAACUUCCCGGAACCCUAAGCGCGUCCUUUUCGGAGUUCACUUCAUACUUUGAGAAGAUGAAGGGUAACCGUACCCUGAACUGGAUGUCUAAACUGGGUCUGGUGAAUGUUACCCUUGACCGUGGCGGCCAAGGCGUAAGCAUGGACGUGAGCCCGCUUCAGGCCUCCAUCCUGCAUCUCUUCACUCAGAAGGCCCGUUGGAGUCUGUGUGAUAUUAGCCAGCAACUUGAGAUUACCACAUCUACGGUGCGCAGAAGCCUGGCACCCUUCUUGCAAAGGGGCUUUAUUGAACAAACUGCUGGGGACAUUGAAACCUACCGUGUUUGUGCCGACAAUCCAACUUCUGAAGUCGCGAAAACCGAGGAGGACCAGACUGAUAUCAACGUCAGCAUCGCAGAGCAGGAAGGCCAAAGCAGCACAGACUACCUUCCCGGCCGUGAGGUCUUGAAUGUAGAACUACAGGUGUUCUGGUCCUACAUAACGGGAAUGCUAACUAAUCUGGGCGGAAUGUCGCUGGAGCGAAUCCACUCUAUGCUGCGGAUGUUCGCUCUUGGUUCGAAUGACGGAGCAGAGUAUACGCGACAGCAUCUCCACCAAUUUUUGGAGCUGAAGGUUCGCGAUGGCGAGCUAAUAUCUUCAAUCGACACCGAGAAAACUGCAUCUCUUGAAUUCGAAUUCCUUGCAAAGUUUUUUCCUGAAGACGCAACAAAGGAGUUAAUUCAGGAGAUUACUCAACGCCUCUUUUUCCUACAGGUCAAGGAGGCGAUUCUCAAGGAUAAACUCCCUUGCCCUGCGGAGACAGCCGUUCUUCUUGCCUCCUAUGCUUGCCAGGCAAAGUACGGGGAUUACGACGAGCGCAGAUUCACACAGCACCCCAUCCCCAUCGACAAGCUUCUUUCACCAAAGUAUGCAGUUUACCCGCAUAAAAUAUUAUUCAAUUUAAUCCUGUUCAAAUCAUAUAAUACCCUGGUCAGCCACGACCUUCAAUCGCAGGACUGGGUCCAGAUGGUUAUCCGAUCGUACAUCGAACACCGCGGAAUGUAUCCACAGGUCGCAAUGCUUCAUUAUCUUGAGAUUGCAGAGGGCCUGGAAACCUAUGGGGUGGAUUUUUUUCAAAUUUGCAAUCGACGUGGCACGUCGCUGCUCCUUGGAAUCGAUUCUAUGGGCCUGGCGAUUUACAAACCCCAAAACAAGUAG